AUGGAUGACUACUCCAACAUUGAACCGCUUAAACUAAAAGGCUACAACCUGCCAAAGCAAAUAUUGGAUAGAGACUUGGCAGCGGAUAUCAGAAACUUGAUCCCAGCGAGACUUCAACUUCAAGAUGAUUGGCUUUUAGUGUACUCCCUUGACCACGACGGGGUACUGUUGAACACGUUGUACAGACAUUGUGAUCCAAAAUACGAUCCCCAUUCGGCAAGUAAAAGGACGGAAAUAGGGUUUGGUAAUCAAGUUGUUUCAUCCAUGAUUGGCAGUAAUCAUCAGAUUUCACGCCCUCAAGGGUUUGUACUCGUUCUACGAGACGAAAUGAACCAAGUGUUCGGAUGUUACUUGAAUGAGCAUUUACGUCCUGUGGAAUCUAAAAGAUAUUACGGUAAUGGCGAGUGCUUUUUAUGGAAGCUGGAGCGAGUUCCCCAGCAUAACCAUCAGACUCGUUUUAAGGCCUUCAUGUACACAGGAAUUAAUGACAACAUCAUCUAUUCCAACACCCAAUUCAUAGCUGUUGGUUCGCUGAACGGACAAAAUGGUUUGUAUAUUAAUCAAAACCUUGAUGAUGGUAUAAGUUAUCGUUGCGAAACUUUUGGCAACGAAGUGCUCAACGAAGCUGACGAAGCAGUUAAGAUGGGAAGAUUCAAGAUUUAUGGGCUAGAAAUCUGGCGUAUUGGAUAG